AUGUUUUAGAACUCCAUUGAUUCAGUAACAUUUGAUCUAAUAAUUGAUUAAUUUCUCAAAUGCAGCACAAAAAUAAAAGAUCACAAGCAAAGAUAUGAUGAGAUGCCUCUUGAUAAUUACUUGGAUUAGUAGUAUGGCUCUUAAGCUUCGAAAUACAAGAUUUAAGAUUCGGAUGAUGACUUCUCAUUUGGUGAAUAUUAUUCAGAUAAAAUUCCAGCUUCAAUGAAUGCUAAGGAAGACUAAUAGUUAAUUAGCAUUUCUAAUAGUUAGGAGAAUUCAUCCAAUAAUAGGCAAUCUUACUAUAAGUUCGACAAUGCUUUAAAUCAAGAUGUUUUCAAAAAUAAUGUAAUAUCACAAAAUGACGACUAUAUAGACUUAGAGUUUUCAACUAUAUCUCCUAAUUAAAGCAUAGAUUUGAAGAAUACUUCAACAUUCCAAGCAGCAUCAAACUACUAACAUGAGAAUUAGAAUGAUCAUUUGGAGCCCUUAGAUUUAAACAUAGUAAUUUAAAGGUAUAGCAAAAAAUACGACUAAAAGAUAUCACUUAUCAAUACUAUUCCACUGAUCAAUCAAAUUAAGAAAAAAUACUUUCUAAGAUUUGAUUGCCAAGAAUCUCUGGAACUACUUAGAAUCUAAAAACAAAUUCAUUUAAAAUCAGUAAAAAGAAAGGAUGUUGUAUUAAAAACAACUAUAUGA